UAAUGGGCAACAAAGAGGGAGAAAAUGGAGUGGAAAAGAGGUGCUUUAAUUGCCAUGGUGGGGCUGUUGCUGAUGGCGGCUUUUGCAGAGUCCGCCGCCGUCCAUGGCGGUGAAGUGAUUCAGCUAGUUUCCGACGGAGUGAAUGAUUUCCCAAGGAAGAUGAUGAACGGUGUCCAAGGUUGCCCUAGAAUCCUUAUGGAGUGCGAAUUGGAUUCCGACUGCCUUCCUGGUUGCAUAUGCCGGCCCAACGGCUUCUGUGGUUGAACCACCGCCGUGUCGGAUCAUCUUCCAUGUCCAUGUGUGUGUGUCUUUUCUAUUUAUGUGAACAAUAAAAGUCCCUUGUCACAUUGAUCACUCUCUUGUUUAUGAGUGUAUGUGAUCAAUUUGUGCAUGACAACCCUAUGUAAUCUUUUCCAUGUCACUAUGAACCUAUCUCGUUUUAUUAUCGUAA